CCCAAAGCUAGGGCCGAUUCUCUUCAAGCAGAUUUUCAACAAAGAAGGCGAUUAUACGGUGUGCACUCUACUAUGAAUGUCUCAGAGGAGACAGAGGAGAAGGUCCAUCCCUCUGAAACCUCUCUGUCUGGAGAACAUGGCAGCCAGACCACAGACACAAGCCCAGUCCAGCAGGAGAGACCAGGCUCCCCUGUACCCAGCUGUGCGUCCAUGAAAAGUGAUCAUUCCAGAAGGUCACCUAUUGAGUUUAAAGAUGGACACCACUCAACUGAACAAAGAAUCUACCAGCAGAAGUCCAAGGUCUUCCAUGGUCAGUCUGCCCAGAAGCAUAAAACAGACCUGCACUCCAUAUUUAUGCUUCUUGAGGAGAACAUUGUCAGUUUUGUGAAGAAGGAGCUGAAAAAAUUCCAGAGGUCUCUGAGUCCAGAUUACUCAGAAUGCUUCGAGAGGCAGGAGGAGGAUGAGGAGGUGGUGGAUGGCCAGGAGGAAGAGCAGAGGAGGAGCAGCAGAGAGGCUUUUCUACAGAUCACACUGCACUUUCUGAGGAGAAUGAAGCAGGAGGAGCUGGCUGACUCUCUGUGGAGCAUAGCUCUUGCUGCAGUGUGCCAAUGUGAACUCAAAUCAAACCUGAAGAAGAAGUUUGAGUGUGUGUUUGAGGGAAUUGCUAAAGCAGGAAACCCAACACUUCUGAACCAGAUCUACACAGAGCUGUACAUCACAGAGGGAGGGAGCGGAGAGGUCAACAGUGAACACGAAAUCAGACAGAUUGAAAGAGCACGCAGGAAAUCAGCAAGACCAGAGACAACAAUCACAUGUCAAAACAUCUUUAAACCUUUACCUGCAGUAUAUAAACCAAUCAGAACACUGGUGACAACAGGAGUGGCUGGCAUUGGGAAAACAGUCUUAACACAGAAGUUCACUCUGGACUGGGCUGAACACAAAGCCAACCAGCAUGUACACUUCACAUUUCCAUUCACCUUCAGAGAACUGAAUCUGCUGAGAGGGAGAAAGUUCAGCUUGGUGGAACUUCUUCAUCACUUCUUUACUGAGACCAAAGAAGCAGGAAUCAGCAGGUUUGAUCAGUUCCAGGUUGUGUUGAUCUUUGACGGUCUGGAUGAGUGUCGACUUCCUCUGGACUUCAACAACAACCAGAUCCUGACUGAUGUUACACAGUCCACCUCAGUUGACGUUCUGCUGACAAACCUCAUCAGGGGGAACCUGCUUCCCUCUGCUCGCCUCUGGAUAACCACACGACCUGCAGCAGCCAACCAGAUCCCUCCUGAGUGUGUUGACAUGGUGACGGAGGUGAGAGGCUUCACUGACCCCCAGAAGGAGGAAUACUUCAGGAAGAGAUUCAGAGGUGAGAAGCAGGCCAGCAGAAUCAUCUCCCACAUCAAGACGUCACGAAGCCUCCACAUCAUGUGCCACAUCCCAGUCUUCUGCUGGAUCACUGCUACAGUUCUGGAGGACAUGUUGAAAACCAGACAGAGAGGAGACCUGCCCAGGACCCUGACUGAGAUGUACAUCCACUUCCUGUUGGUUCAAUCCAAAGUACAGAAUGUCAAGUAUCAUGGAAGAGCUGGGACAGAUCCACUUUGGACCAGAGAGACCAAGGAGAUGAUCAUGUCUCUGGGCAAACUGGCUUUUGAGCAGCUGGAGAAAGGCAACCUGAUCUUCUAUGAAGCAGACCUGGCAGAGUGUGGCAUUGAUAUCAGAGCAGCCUCAGUGUACUCAGGAGUGUUCACACAGAUCUUUAAAGAGGAGCGUGGGCUGCACCAGAACAGGCUUUACUGCUUUGUGCAUCUGAGCAUUCAGGAGUUUCUGGCUGCUUUGCAUGUAUAUGUGUUAUUCAUCAACACUGGAGUCAAUCUGCUGUCAGAAGAACAAUCAGUGUUCUGGUGGCCUACAUUCUUAACAACAACAUCCAAGGAAAAUGACCUCCUCCAGAAUGCUGUGGACAAGGCUGUAGAGAGUCCAAAUGGACAUCUGGAUCUGUUCCUCCGCUUCCUUCUGGGUCUUUCACUUCAGACCAAUCAGACUCUCCUACGAGGCCUGCUGACACAGAAAGGAAGUAGCUCACAGACCACUCAGAAGACAGUCCAGUACAUCAAGGAGAAGAUUAGGGAGCUUCCUUCUCCAGAGAGAAGCAUCAACCUGUUGCACUGUCUGAAUGAACUGAAUGACCACUCUCUAGUGGAGGAGAUCCAACAGUACCUGAGAUCAGGAAGUCUGUCCACAGACAAACUGUCUCCUGCUCAGUGGUCAGCUCUGGUCUUCAUCUUGCUGUCAUCCGAGGAAGAGUUGGACGUGUUUGACCUGAAGAAAUACUCCACUUCAGAGGAAGCUCUUCUUAAGCUGCUGCCAGUGGUCAAAGUCUCCAAUAAAUCUGUGCUGAGUAGCUGUAAACUUUCAGAAAGAAGCUGUGAGGCUCUGGCUUCAGUUCUCAGCUCCCAGUCCUCUAGUCUGAGAGAGCUGGACCUGAGUAACAACCAGCUGCAGGAUUCAGGAGUGAAGCUGCUCUCUGCUGGACUGGAGAGUCCACAUUGUAGACUGGAAACUCUGAGGCUGUCAGGCUGUCUGGUCACAGAGGAAGGCUGUGCUGCUCUGGCCUCUGCUCUGAGCUCCAACCCCUCCCACCUGAGAGAGCUGGACCUGAGCUACAAUCAUCCAGGAGACUCAGGAGUGAAACUGCUCUCUGCUGGACUGGAGGAUCCAACCUGGAGACUGGAGUUUCUCAGAGUGGACCAUGGUGGAGUGCAGAGAUUGAAAUCAGGCCUGAAGAAGUAUGCCUGUGAAGUCACACUGGAGUCAAACACAGCACACAGAACCCUUUCUCUGUCAAAGGACAAGAGGAAGGUGACCGCGGUGAAAGAGAAGCAGCCGUAUCCUGAUCACCCACAGAGGUUUGACCACUGGAAACAGGUGCUGAGCACGGAGGGCCUGACUGGACGCUGCUAUUGGGAGGUCGAGAGGAAAGGAGAGGUUCAUGUUGGAGUGGCAUACAAAGGAAUCAAAAGGACAGGAAAGGAUGAUGACUGUCUUCUUGGACAGAACGACAAGUCCUGGAGUCUGUUAUGCUCUACUAAGUUAGGAGUGUAUCUGGACUGGCCUGCUGGCACUCUGUCCUUCUACAGAGUCUCCUCUGACACACUGACCCACAUCCACACCUUCAGAACCACUUUCACUGAACCCCUUUACCCUGCAUUUGGGUUUGGGGUUUGGUCAUCAGGCUCAUUAGCAUUUCUGCGUCAAACAGAGUAGAGUCACCACUUUUGCAUUGCAAGUAUGGAAGCUGAGAGGGCAAUUCUCCUCGCAAUUGUAGCCGAAGAACUGUCUGAGCAGGACAUUACUUUCAAUAGAUCCUUAAUAAUAUGGGCACUGCAAAAGACCUUUGACAUCACUGCUACUGUUUUAGCCAUCAGACGCAGGAGCAGUGUAAUGAAGGCCCUCUUCAUUACUAAGUGUUCUGUGCAUCUUAUAGUACAUUUUCUGGAGUUAGGUGGUAAAGGAAAUAAGACACAAACUAAAUUAUUUUUAUUGAAAUUCUGUUUGUUGUGUUUUGUAGAUUUUUGGGUGAGUGAUUGAAGGCCAGCCUGUAAAACAAACAAACAUACAUUUAGUGUGGAUAGUUUGGGUAAUGCCAUGUGCUCAUUGUGUGUGAUUGUUCAAUUGUGCAUUCACUUACCUUUCCCUGUGUUCCAAUACCCAUACUACCAUACUAUUUAGUAUGCAAAAAAAGAAGAAUUCACUGAUAUAGCAACUUGAAAUCCAUAAUGGAGCACUAUCAUUUUAAAUCAUGGAGGCUUAAAUACAGGCUGAUGUUGAUUGGAUAACACCUCUGACACACCCACAAAACGGAGGACUGUGGAAGGGGGGGUGUUGUGGGAAGGACUUUCUUGUGGUGUGAUGACACGCAAGUGAUGGACAGUGAAAUGCGGUUGUCGUUUCACUGAUGGAGCUUUACCUGUCAUAUACCUUUACCUGUCGUGUUAGAGUUUAUGUUUUGGUGUGUUUGUUUUCAUGAAAAAUAUACAACCUCAGUAAACGCAGUUCUGUCCAAACAUCAAUUAAUUUGUUCAUCAGAAUUAUCCCGUAUAUAUUUUUUUUGGUAAUUAUCACUAUACAUUUAGGUUGAUUGUUACACAUAUAUAUGUUAAAACUAUCAUUAUCUGCUGUCGAGUAAUGAAUGAAUGAAUGAAUAUGUUUAUUUUGAUCACAGCAGCACAACAAAUUAAACAUAAUUAAAGAAUUAAAGAAAAUGAAUAUGGCUGGUCGAAAAGGGUUUUUGGCUGAAGCAAAAGCUUAUGGCUGCCGAACCCUUGUAAUCAAUUUCAUUUCUCUACGCAGAUAAGAUAUUAAUGAUAGUAAUAUGGAUGAGUAGUAUUUUAACCGCCAUGUAGGAAUGUAGGUGUGCUAAAUACUAUAUUCAAUACAUGGUGAGACUCCCGUAAGAGCUUAGGGUCCUAUUAUGUACUGUAGUU